AUGUCGUGGAAGCUAACCAAGAAGCUGAAGGAGACCCAUUUGGGCCCUCUCUCCAACACCUUCUCGCGGUCUCCCUCGACGUCCACCAUCACAAAUAAGGAUGAGAAGAUGACAGCGCCGCCCACGAGCUCGUCAACCCCAACUCCUCCAGACAACGCAAUUGCCGCCUCGGAAGCAAUAGCUCAACAGCCCAUCAUCAAGCCGCCCAAGCCCGGCAUCCUCGUCGUCACCCUCCACGAGGGCCAAAAUUUCUCCCUGCCCGAACAACACCGCAAUAGCUUCGGCGCUGCAGGCCACCAGGGCUCCAUCUCGUCGGGCGGUCAACUCAACAACGUAGCUGGUUCCAUGCGACCCGGUUCAUCUCAAAGAGCGGCUCCCGGCUCCUUCAUGAACGGCCGGCCACAGACAUCAGCAGGCGGUUUCGCAGGCAUCCCGUCUAACCACGGCAGAAUUUCCAGCAAGUAUCUGCCGUAUGCUUUGUUGGAUUUUGACAAGGUUCAGGUCUUCGUCAAUUCGGUGUCUGGAAACCCGGAGAACCCGCUGUGGGCCGGCGACAACACGCAGUACAAGUUCGAUGUGUCCCGCGUCACGGAGCUCGCCGUUCAUAUUUACAUGCGGAACCCCAACGCGCCUCCGGGAUCUGGCCGCAGCCAGGAUAUCUUCAUCGGCGUAGUCCGCAUAAACCCGCGAUUUGAAGAAAAGCACACCUUUGUCGACGAUCCCAAGGCCAGCAAAAAGGAUCGUGAAAAGGCGGCAGCCGAGUUCGCGAGCCGAGAACGCACCUUGGGCCACACGGGUGUCGAGUGGGCCGACGUCCAGUAUGGCACCGGUAAGCUCAAGAUCGGCGUCGAGUACGUCGAAAACCGUGCGGGCAAACUGACGAUCGAUGACUUUGUGCUGCUGAAGGUAGUAGGCAAGGGCAGUUUUGGCAAGGUUAUGCAAGUCCGCAAGAAAGAUACAAGCCGUAUCUACGCGUUGAAGACGAUCCGCAAGGCACACAUCAUCUCACGUUCCGAAGUGGCCCACACGCUGGCCGAGCGCUCCGUCCUUGCCCAGAUUAACAACCCGUUCAUUGUGCCGCUGAAGUUCACCUUCCAGUCACCCGAGAAGCUCUACUUUGUCCUGGCUUUCGUCAACGGUGGAGAGCUCUUCCAUCACUUACAGAAGGAGCAACGAUUCGAUGUCAACCGAGCCCGCUUCUACACGGCCGAACUGCUCUGCGCCCUUGAGUGUCUCCACGGUUUCAAUGUCAUCUACCGAGAUCUGAAGCCCGAGAACAUUCUGCUCGACUAUCAAGGUCACAUUGCGCUCUGCGACUUUGGUCUCUGUAAGCUGGACAUGAAGGAUGAGGACCGAACCAACACCUUCUGCGGCACGCCCGAGUAUCUGGCGCCGGAACUGCUCAUGGGACAAGGGUACAAUAAGACCGUCGAUUGGUGGACGCUCGGUGUUCUUCUCUACGAGAUGCUUACGGGGCUUCCUCCGUUCUAUGACGAGAAUACUAAUGAGAUGUAUCGCAAAAUUCUGUCGGAGCCUCUCCAUUUCCCAGGUCCCGAGGUCGUGCCCCCCGCGGCCAAGGAUCUGCUCUCCAAGCUUCUCAACCGCAACCCAGAGGAGAGACUGGGAGCAGGUGGCAGUGCCGAGAUCAAGGCCCAUCCCUUCUUCCACGCCAUUGACUGGCGCAAAUUGCUUCAGCGCAAGUACGAACCGACGUUCAAGCCCAAUGUGGUGGACGCCCUCGACACAGAUAACUUUGACACCGUGUUCACGUCCGAAGCACCCCAGGACUCGUAUGUCGAGGGCACGGCAUUAUCAGAAACCAUGCAGAACCAGUUCGCAGGAUUCAGUUACAACCGGCCCAUUGCUGGCUUGGGUGACGCAGGUGGUAGUGUCAAGGAUCCCAGCUUUGUGGGGAGCAUUCAAGACCGAAGAUAG